CCUCUGGAAGUGCGGACAUUGUCAGCUCCACUUCUGCGGUCGCGGAUCAACAGUUGAGGAGCUCAGGCCCAGGACAAUGGUGUGCAUUCCUUGUGUCGUCAUUCCAGUUCUGUUCUGGAUCUACAAAAAAUUCCUGGAGCCAUACAUAUACCCUCUGAUUUCCCCCUUUAUUGGUCGUAUAUGGCCUAAAAAAGCUAAACAAGAAACCAAUGAUACAAACAAAGGCAAAGUAGACUGUAAGGGUGCAGACAUAAAUGGAUUACAAACAAAAGGACCAACAGAGAUCUCUGAUAAAAAGAAAGACUAAAGCAAUUUCCUAAAGGACCACAUCACGUAAAAAAUGGACCUGAUAAUAUGAAGCAUCUUCCUUGUAACUGUCUUUGACCUUUUUAUCUGAGACCAGAAUUCAGGAUAGAAGUCUAGACACUUAUCGGAUACUAAUCAGGAAAUACAUAAUAUCUGUAUUUAAAAUGUAGUUAGUUAUAUUUAAUGACCUUAUUCUUAAGUUCCUUUUUAUUAAUGUAGCUUUCAUUUCUGUUGCUGUUGUUUUAAUAAUAUGAAAUAGAAAGUUUGUGCCAGUAGACACUAUGUUACUAAAUCAGCACUUUAAAAUAAAAAAAAUAAAAAAAAAAAGG